CGUAUUGAGCCCGGGGACGGCUCCCGAGUGCGACGCAUGUGCAGUAGCUAGGCUCUAGUGGCGGGCUGAUUAAGUGAGUGAAGUCAAGGAGGUGGAGGGAAGCCUUGGGUUCAUAUCAUGGUGGCCAAAAGAAGACUGUCCAAGUCGGCCGAUGAGCAGGAUGAGGCCAAUGCUAAAGAUUUAUCAAAGGCAAAGAAGAGCAAAAUUGGUGGGAGAAAACGAACUACAUCUGCUCAGGAAGGAGAGGUGGAUGAUGACACUGUAUUUGCUCAUUUGCUAAAAUCAGCUGGAAUGAUUCUGAAACAAGGAAACCAACCAAAUAAGCUAAGUUUGGACCAAGCAGUUUUUCAAAAGAAGCUUUGUCAAACUUUACGGAAACAUCCUCGUUAUCCUAACGUUGUGCAGGAAUUUGUAAGUGGAUUAGAGUCACACAUUGAAGGCAGGGACAAGUUCAGAAACUGCCUCUUACCCUGUGGGCAAUCUCAAGAGGGCGAAUCAAGUAACAACUUGAAUUAUCAGGAAAGUCUCAUAAAGCUGCUGCUUGGGAUCGAGAUUCUACAGCCUUCUGUUAUGAACACAUUAUUUGAAAAGAUUCCUGAGUUUAUGUAUGAUGGUAUUCCAGAGGAUGGGAUUAACAUGCCACGACUCAUCAUCAGUCAAUUUAAAUGGUUGGACAGGAUCAUAGAUAGCAAGGAUUUGACUAGUAAGAUUAUGCAGCUCAUUAGUGUUGGUCCUCUUGAAAUUCAGCGUGACAUCAUCACCAGCUUGCCAGAGAUUUUGGAAGACGCUCAACACAAUGAAAUUGCCAAGGAGCUUAAUUCCUUGUUGCAACAGAACACUCAGCUGACAGUGCCCAUUCUGGAUGCUCUCUCUAGCCUCAAUCUUCAUGCUGAGCUAUUGAUAGAGGUGCGUCAUUCUGUUAUGUCAACCUUGUCUGCAGUGAAACUUGAUGAUCUCCCUGUAGUUGUCAAGUUCAUUUUUCAUGCCAUCAGAACGGAAGAUGCUAUAGAGGUGAUUACAGAAUUGCGGAUGAAUCUAGGAUUGGAAUCUUGUGUGCUUCCUUCACAACUGCAGACUAGCCGAGACAAGCAGAAACAGAAGAGUGUUGCAGGAGCUUUAGUGAAUCAAGAGAAUAGUGGUCAUGACUGCGUUGCGAUCAUGUUUGAUGUCAUCAAAGCUGCAAUAAGAUUUCAGAAAGCAACAGCUGAAGCUUGGAUUAAGGCUAUUGAAGUGGUCGAUUCUGCUGCCGGGCACAAGGUUAUAGAUCUAUUGGUUCUUCUAAUCCUCCACACAACCAGUACAAACAAUAUCAAGAAACAAGUGGAGAAACUGUUACGUAGCAAAGUUCGUCUUGGCCAUAUUGGGGAUCAGCUUUUGCAGAUUGCAUUCAGAAGUCAUGUUGUGGUUGUCCGUGAGUACUUUCCCUCUGUGCUGUCCUUGGCCCAGACCUUGUUGAGAUCCUCAGAUGUAACUGUGGUGUCAUUUGGCAGUCAAAUGUAUAAGCAUGCAUUUAUGAUGUUUGAUUCCUACUGUCAGCAGGAAGUUGUUGGUGCGCUGGUGACCCAUGUUUGUAGUGGUUUCACUACAGAGGUGGAUGUCUCACUUGAUGUGCUUACAGACCUGGUUUCCCAGAAUUCGUCUACAAUGGCUGUCUAUGCUAUAUUUGUGAAGGGUAUCUUGGACUACAUGGACAGCUUGUCUCCCCAACAGAUAAGGAAGCUGUUUUUUGUCUUGAGCACAUUGGCUUUUAGCAGAGGGCAGGAGGGCAGCCACAUUCAGGAUGACAUGCACAUUGUAAUUAGGAAGCAGCUGUCUAGUACAAUAUCCAAAUACAAGCGAAUUGGAAUCAUUGGGGCAGUCAUGAUGGUGGGAUGCAUGGCUUAUGACAGAAGUAAACUUGAACCCUCAUCGUCAGACUUGGCAUCCAUGAGUAAAGAAUCCUUCAGACAAGCCACUGCUCUGCUUGAGUUGGUACGCACCUGCAGUGAGCAGUCUCCAGAAGCUGCUGCUCUCUACUAUGAUGAAUUGGCUAACUUGGUGCAGAAAGGAAACCUGGAUCCACAAGUGCAGGAAUUGAUUGGUAGGAGUGUACUUGAUGAUUUUCAAGAGGACUUCGUUGUAGAUUUACUGCCAGAAACAGAUAGUGAAUGCAUGUUGCCACUGAAAUCAAUGUUUAACCUGGAUGAAGAGGACACUGAAGGUGGGAUUGUUAUCAAUCUUCUACCACUCCUGUCCAAUAGCGUGACCAACAAUGGCUUUGAAAAUGCAGCCGGCAAGCAAAGGAACAAAAAGUGUAUUUCUCCAGUGUGUCUUGCUUCCUUUUUCCGCCUAUUGCGAUUCUGUGAAGAGGUGCAAAACAAUGGAAACUUGGAAGAGAUUGAUGCUUUAUUAGGUUGUCCACUUUACCUGACUAACUUCGAACUAGUGGAGAAGGUGGAGUCACUAUCCAAACAGGAGCGGGAGCUUCUCUGCUCAGUGCUGUUUCACACACUCAACUGGUUCAGAGAGGUUGUGAAUGCAUUCUGUAAACAGCAGGACACUGAGAUGAAGGGCAAGGUACUUCUCCGGCUGCAGAACAUUACACAUUUGCAGGUGUUAUUGGAGAAGUGUUUGGCAGCAACACCUGGAUACAUCCCUCCACUGGCAAACUUUGAUUUGGAGGUCACUGAGGUUCCUGUGACUGUAUCUCAUGCAGCACCGGCUAAGAAAGGAAAGAAAGAUCAAAAGGGUAAGAAGAAACCGAAAUCUGAUGGUAACAAGAAUUCUUCUACAGACAGCUCGCAGACUGAGGAGCCUACAGAAGAAAGUCAAAUGCAAUCUGAAAGUACACAAGGGAAGGAAAACACAGAAGAAGGGAAGGUCCUAGUUAAUUUAUCCAACUACAGAGCCUACUUUAGAGAGAUGGAUACAGAUGUAUUCUUUGUCCUAAAGUGUGGACUAGUAACCAAAUCUGUUCUGGACACUGAGCUACAUACCAAGGCUACUGAAGUUGUACAGCUAGGGUCAGCUGAACUAGUCUUUCUUCUGGAGGACCUAGCUCGCAAAUUGGACUACAUGUUGGUUGCAACUGCUGCAAAAAAAAUGCUCUUCUUAAAGGUUAAAGGUGAUCGAGAUGUCGGAUUUUCACACUUGCGCCAAAUGACUCCACCAGCCCUUGCUCAGUCUGCUAUAGAAUUGCUCAAUCCUUUGUGUAACCAUUUGGAAAGUGUUCACAAUUACUUCCAGGUGAUGAUAGCUGAGAACAAUGGUGUUGUGGAUGUUCUCGGAACAGAUGUAAAAGAGAAUCAGCGGAUGGCUGCAUGCUAUCAGUUACUACUUCAGAUCCUGAACACAUUGUUUGCUUGGUGCGGAUUUGCCCAGCAUGAAAACCGUAAACUACUGAGGAUAGCCCUUGGUGUCCUGGCAAAUAGACUUAAAGAGGGAGAUGGUGAAAUGGAAAUGGAGGAACUUAUCAGGCAGACUUUUCGAUACCUGCAGAAUUUCCAGAGCAGCAUUCCCCGCUGUACUUCUGCGGUGAACCUUACCCAGCUUCUAAUUGUCAUAGCAGAUAAAUCUCUAAAUAACCAGUACAAGGAGAAAAUAGCGUCAAUUACACGAGGCUUCUUGUGCCAAUCUUGGGUUUUGCCCAAUGGGGAAAAAGAGAAAGGCAAUAAAUACAAUGAAGCUCUUGAAACCCUCCUAUGUAUUUACCUGAAGCACACAGAUGAUGUGCUGAAGUCUGUGGAGGAAAUUGCUGGUGUGGGUGUUCCCGAACUGUUGAAUUCGACUAAGGAUGGAAGCUCAAAUACAUUUCCAACACUGUCCAGGCAAACAUUUGUCAUCUUCUACCGGGUAAUGAUGAGUGAAUUGGAUAAGUCUGUAAAGAGUAUUCCAGCUGGCAUGCAGUCUGAUUCAACCGAGGUACAGAUCGAGAAAUUGCUGCGAUGGAAUGUAGCUGUGCGGGAUUUCCAUAUCCUCGUAAAUCUUGUAAAGGUGUUUGACAGCAGACCUGUCUUGGGUGUGUGUCUCAAGCAUGGGCGCCUUUUCAUUGAGUCGUUUCUUAAACAAGGCAUGCCUCUUCUCGACUACACCUUCAAGAAACACAGGGAGGAUGUUCAGAGUUUGCUGAAGACCCUACAGCUGAGUACUCGUCAAUUACACCAUAUGUGUGGACAUACCAAGCUCAGUCAGGAUACAAAUCUAACCAAUCAUGUACCACCACUGAAGAAGUUGUUGGAAUUAUUUGUGUAUCGCGUAAAAGCAAUGUUGACUAUCAACAAGUGCCAAGAGGCAUUCUGGCUGGGAAACCUCAAAAACAGAGACCUGCAGGGAGAGGAGAUCCUGUCCCAGACAUCCCAACAAGAGAGUGGGGGUGAUGAAGAAUCAGAGCUUCCUGAAGAUGAUACAGAAGAGGAGACUGAGGAGUUAAAUGAUUGUGAAGCAGAAACAAGGAAAACUACGAGGGAUGACGAAGGAAGUACUGAAGACUCUGACAGUGAUUAAUUAGGUCAAUCCUGGUGCCUUAUCAAGACUGAGGGUAAAGAACAGCUAGCUCUAUCUGCAUGUUGUGCAGUUAAUGAUGUAAAUAUGCAAAAAAACGUCUGGCAAUAUCCAGACAAAAGAAUUUACCAAACCACUUAAGUCAACUUAAGGAAUUAAUAUAAUUGUAAAAUCAUACACUGCAGAAUGAAAAAGGGCUGUAAUUCCUAGAAUCCUUUAUGAUAUUUAUAAUGCUAUUUUGUUCCAUAUAUGUACAUUUUUUUUUAUAUACCUCUGCUAGGAGCAUUUAGCAUUUAUUUUACCAGUCAUGCUUUUGCCAAUAAUUUUGUGAUUAAAAUUUGCAUUUAACAAUACAGUCCAUUGGAGAAAUGUGACAAAGGGAGCAGAACACUAGCCAUGGGGAAGGCUCGCAGUACCGUGAACUGGUAAAUCUGUAUUCCAGAUCCGCAGUAUCUGUAUUUAUCUCUCAACUCUCCCAUUACGGAAAAUAGGCUGCUGAAUGCCUGACAUUCUCAUGAAGGAUAGAAUAACUGAAAGAAAAGCCAUUCCAACUCUAUUCAUUCACUUGCUGUCCCUAUGGGGUGAAAGGGAGAGAGAGAGAGCAGGUAGCCUGCUUACCCUUUCUAAGAUAGGUGGUGAGGCAGUAUAAAUGAUAAUAAUUUGAUUUAAUCUCAGCAAUUUGCCAUUUGUGUGCAAAGAUCAUUACUCAGAAUCCCUCAAAACAACAUUAAAGAAUUGGUAACUUACCUGUGUUGAAGAAAUACAGUGCAGGUAUUUAUUUCCUCAGAGCACAUUACUUAGCAUUAGAGGCCAAUAGCUUUGAACUGUGGAGUGAGCAGUCAAAGAUACUGUCACCUGUUGGCUUUUUGUUGUUUAAAUAGCACACUUUUAUUAAUUUCUACCACUUGUUACCUGACAUCAUGCCAGAUAAAAUGGAUUAACAUAAACUUUCGACAUUUAGGCGAGACUACUUGUGAAUUUUUUUUCUGCACCCAAUCUUAGAUUGUAAAUUGUAUGGAGCAAUGUUAUAGGGCCAAGACUGAACUACUCUAACUUGUAAAAAUUACAAGAGGAGGUCUUGGGAGGCCCUAUGAUCUAAGUAUAAACAGGGUGUUUCUCAUCCUUUAAUUUUUUAUUCUUAAUUUAAGAUCAAUUAAUUUCCUAUAAUCUGAUUUAUUCAAACUCUUGGUAUCAAGUUUCAUUUAGUUGUGUUAUUUACAUCCCAUAAUUUAAAAUUACUAUCAUUUUCUCUGCACACCAAAUAAAUUAGUAGCAGACCGUGGACUAAAGACAAUGCAAUAAUAUGUCUGUGGUGAACUCACAUUGCUACUUUGUCAUCAAACAGUAUAUUUGAUUUUGUUGUUGAGAUUUUUCCUAGAAUUGAACAUGUUCAUUUAAUUUGCUUUGAAGUUCAGAGGUAGUUUUAGGUGGGCAUAUUACAGGAUGGAUACUUAGAAAGGGAGUUGAUUUUUUAAUGGUGGAUUCAAAUGUAGUACGUUGCACAUCACACCAUGAUGCUUUUGGGACUAGGCUUGUUAAUGCACCUGAAGUUUCACUGCACUGCCCUCUCUGUUUCAUCAAAAUAUAAGAACAAUUGCUUUUGAUAGAUAAAGUCCUGCAGUCCCUUUUUGCUCGACAAGAUGAGUUUGCUUCUGAUUGAAUGGGCAAUGAGAUCCAAUUAUAAACUAUUUUUGGUUAAAAGGUUAUGCUGCUGUAUAAAAAUUAAUAAAGGUUAUUAUUUAAUUGUUA